AUUCCAGCAUGUCUGUUUUGAAUAGAGAGCAGAAAUAUGCUCCAUACUUGUGGUACUGGAAAUGUUUGAGAAGCUUUUCAAUGAUUCUGCGAAAAACUGGUCUCCGAUUAGACCUUUUUGGGCCUCAAGUGUGGAUUCCAGUUGUUACUGACAAAGUGGCAAAUGUCCUGACAUUGGUGUCUCUGUACUUCACGAUGAGACGGUGGUAUCAUCACCCAGAGAAGAAAGAGAGCUGGCACGACAGCGACUUUGAAGACUUCGACCACGACGCUGACAAACCGAGCAGUGGGGGCGGGUCACAGCCGUAUGUGGUGAGAGCGAUGACGAGGAUGCGCAGCCGUGUGGUGGCAAAGCCACAGCCACAGCCAGAACCGGAGACAGAGCUCGAGGAAAUCGGCGACUAG